UUAGAAACAAAUUAAUCGGAUUGUGUUCAAUUACACUAUUUCCUUGGUUGGCUAACUAGAUCAAUCACCUUGUAAAUCUGAGGAAGUGAAUGUUUAAUGAAGUAGUCUCUCAAUAUUGGAUCUGAAUCUUGCCAAGAAGUCAUCAUAAAAACGAUGGCAGCUGAAGAAGUAGUUAAAUAGUUUCCUGCAUUCAGUGCAACAAUAACCUGAGACUGUGGCUUCUGUUAAUAUUUACAUUCAUGUUGCUUGGUGACCUGAGCAAGUGGUUGGUCAGAUGAAAAAAUCCCCGGAGUAUGUAUUAAUAGCAAACAUAUAGUUCAUAAUUUUCAGAUACUAUCCACACACAAAAAUAGUCCAGACCUUACAUUAAUUGAAAGUCUAUGGGAUGUGGAUUAGACUUUAUAGAAGUGCUUGACUCUUGCAUUAUCAAUCAAUAUAAUAUCUUCUUUACCAAAUCUUUAACAAGAAUCGAUGCACCUCCCGAUGGAAAUAACAUAAAAACAUUUAUUUCCACCAAGAUCUAAGUGCAUCAAUUUUUGGUCAAGAUCUUGUAUUGACAAUACAAGACUCAAGCACUCUGUAAAGUCUCCUCCAGCACAUCCCAAAGACUUGCCUAUUCAUGUGUGAAAAUUAUUCAUCAUGCUUCCUCCGUCCUAACCAUUCACAAUUUGAGCCUGACGAAUUCUUGAUACGUCACCCUGGAAUAUGGUCAUGAUGUGUCUUCUAACAGGGUUGUUUAUGUUUUUUGUAACUUGUUAUAUAUUUUGUAUUUGUUAUUAGCUAAAAUCAUUAAUGAACGCAACUCCGCGAAACGGUUUGGUCGUCCACUGAUGCAAUAGGCGGCAACGUGCGGUGUGACCAGGAAGUGGGUGCAUAGAUAUUUAUUGAUCCUGUCUUAUGAUCCUGUCGGACAACAGCUAUGUGGUAACAUUUUCUGAAUGAAAUCUGCGCAUAUCGCAGAAUGGGAGAUGACAAUGUCAUAGCCCGGCUCGGCAGCAUGAAGGCUCUGUUGGGGAUUGUAGCAGGAGCCGGAGCUUCAUAUGGCAUUUAUAAACUAGUCGCUGGUCGUGCAGGAGAUGGAGUGAAAAGAAGAAAGUCUGCUAAAAGUGUGACUAUUCAGCCUGGGAGCUUAAUGGCCAAAGUAUCUGGAUUUAAAGUUGUCAGUAAGAGUGAUAAUCUGGAUCCGUCUGCGGAGACUGAAUCUAGUGAUAUUCACUCAAAAUCUGCUGCCAGCCUGGAGCCUCGGCAUCUCAGCAUGCUUCUCUCUCUUCUGCAGAGCAGCCCAAACUCGGAAGAGAGGAGAAACGUGCUCGUAACCUUAGGAAAUGCUGCUGCCUUUACAGUAAACCAGGAUCUUCUGCGAGAAUUUGGAGGUCUUCACAUCAUAGCAGGCUUCCUCUCAGACCCUUCAUCUGAGAUCCGGGUUCAGACUCUAAACGCUCUGAACAACUUAAGCAUGAAUAUCCGCAAUCAAGAGCAGCUGAAGAUAUAUAUCCCGUCAGUGAUGCAGUUGAUUGAAAUGUCGCCGGUGAACUCUGACCUUCAGCUGGCAGCGCUCCGCUUACUCACUAAUCUGUCAGUCACCGAUAAUCACCAGCAUCUGAUGAAGAAUUCUAUCACCCUCCUCUUAUCGCUGCUCGUAGUGAGCAAUGCAGUCCUACAGAUCCAAGUCCUGAAGGUCCUAGUAAAUCUUUCCUCCAAUCCAGAUUUGAUGGACGAUAUCGUGCAAGCUCAGGCUCCAGCCUCCUUGAUUUUGUUGUUUGACGGCUGCACAAGCACAUCUGUUCUUCUCCGCCUGUUGUUUUUCGUGGGGAACCUGCGUGCGUGGAGACCCUCGGCACAGGUGGCUGAAGCUCUGAGGACGAGGCAGGACUCUCUGUACUGUGUUCUACUGGACAACUCCUCUCAGGUGCACCGUAAGCUUCCCCUGCUGCUUUCACAUCCAGACGAGGAGGUGAAGACGCAGGUGGCCAGGCUCCUCACUUAACCUCUUACAGAAUACAUCUCAUCAAAUAUACCUGUCCUUCUAUGUUCACCUACUGAAACGUUCAGGCUCAGCACGAACAGUGGAGCAGUGUUGAUAUCUGCUGGUAGCAGGUGAUCCACUUGGUGGGCCAUCAGUAUCCUAUCAAAAUGUUGGAAAAUGGACAAGAUAUGACUCCGUCAGGUGAUUCGAGAGAGGUUUGUUUAUAUAAUAGACAUUUGUGAACACCACAAAUCUCCUCUGAGAAGCUUUGAGAACGUCUCCACUGCCAAACGUUUACUUGCCAAGUGAAUACAUGUAAGCUUGCAGGUAUUUUCUCGGACCACACUAAGUGCUUUGGAAAUCCAGACUAGUGAUGGUAAGGACUCUGCAUGUGUUUAGAAAUGUUAAACCUUGAAAAAAAAAGCCUUUCUUCAGUGCUGCAUAAUACAAGUGAAGUUUACCAUUGAAUAAAGGUUAUUCAGGUUAUGCUGAGGUAGAAAUUAUCCAGGAACCUUAUUUUUACAGAAUCUGCAUUGAUUGUACUGUGAUUUUGUUUUUUGAUGCUUGAUGAUGAGAUUAACAUAAUUUAAUAAAGGUUAUUUCAUUUUGUAAGGCAAUUCUGAAAACAAUGGUUGCUUCACAGUUUAAUGUUUGCUUUCACAUUAUUUUGGAAUGCUUUCUGGCUUAUAUGUCAGGUUUGUGAAAGUUAUUUUAAAUAAAUAUUUAAGUUUUAAUAUAAUAAUAAAUAUGAAAUUGGUUUUUAAUGCAGAGAAAUAACUUUAAUUCGCUCUUGAAUCGCAGCUGUGUGAGAACAACAUUUCCCAUUAAUCUUAGCAAACCAUCAAGGGUUGCCAUGUCUGUUUAAUAUAAACGAAUUUGUGCUGUUGUUUGGUUGUUGUUUUUUUUACAUUUAUUUCCCCACCAUAAUGUAAUAAAAUAUGACGAUUCAUUGUUA